UGGGCAACAAAAUUAUGAUUAUAUCAUUGAUUGUUAAAGAUGAGUAGACCGCAGGUGAGGAUCCAGUACAGAAGUAGAGAUGAAAUUUCGAUGGACUUGACUCCAGCUAAGCUACCCCAAAUUAAUAGCACAAACCGGGAAGAUUUGAGAAAUUCUCUAAAGUUGUCAUCUCAGCUCGGCAUGUUUGCACCAUCAUCUCCCAAAAACCCUCGUUACUUGCAAAGGAAAAGCAAGAUGCUUGUUCAGAUGCCAGAUAUGAGAUAUAAACACAGAAAGGAAUAUCAGAAUAGUACUUUUGAGAAUCAUAACGAGUCUUCAAAUGUGUUUAAUAUAUCUUCUUUUAAAAUUGAUACCUCUUACAAGAAGGAUAUCACUUCUCUUCUUGAAGAGUGAACAUUAACAGUGUCCUCAAAGAUAUUGGACAGCCUUCAAGAUUAUUCAUUGAAGCAACCCAGCCUUCCUCAAAAAGAGAUGAAUAGGCAAAAAUAAAGUUAUCAAAAACAAUAGUGUGAGAAAGAAGCAAACAAAUAGAAUAUCUGCAAAUAAAUCAACCCUUUCAAGUUCUCCAACUAAAUUUAGCCUAAUCGGCUUACAGAUGAAGCAAACCCCCAAAUCCACCUAUAAAAAGGACCCUACCCAAUCUCCACCCUCCAAAGACCCAAUCUCCAGUCCCCAAAGUCCCCUCCUUCCAGACCACCCCUCCCUCUCAUCCCUUCCUCACCCCCAAUCUCCCACUUCUCUCUUCACCAGCCCACCCACUCUAGCACCUAGUCCUCUACAGAACCCCCUGCUGGUCGCUGGCCAGAAGAGAUCUGAAAUUUUAGAAAUUCUUAGUGGUACCGAUGCGACACUGAGGCAGGAUAUUGAUUCUGGAAUAGAGGAGAUUAAGAAGGAUGGGAAAGAGGAUGCACUUGGUGCGAUAGAGGAAGGGCGUACUGAUUCGUUGUUAUUUGAAGACCAGAGCAAUGUUAUAGAACCUACAGAAAUCACAGAGACUUCAAACCCUCAGGAAUUUAUCUUUCAAACAAAUAAAAACAACUCAAAAGAUUUAGCUGGCAAUAAGACAUCCAAGAGAGCAAUUGUUAUAAGUAAAGUGCCUAUGGCACGGAUAAGGAAUGGCAAAUCAGGCCUCAAAAGAAGUUCAGAUAGUGUCUCUAAUUAUUCCAAUGAUAGUUAUGAGAGCGAAUCCAUACGGUCAAGAGAUCCCGAAAUGAAAGUGUCAAUUUACAAAUAAAUCUCCCAAAAACCCCUCCAAAACCCAGCGAAAACUCGUGAGCAUAUCCCAGACCUACAAAAACUCCAAAAUUCCCACACAAGAUUUUACAGACAUAAAAUUCACCCCUAGAAACUCUCACUUUGGUUCAAAAUAAACGGUCUUUGGACAUCCACAGCUUACCGCACCAAACACGACUGGAGAAUACGAAGGCUUUGAGGUAUAAUUUGUCUUCUAAGGUGUAUCCUCUGAAAAAGAUUAAGUUGAAGAAUGAAAGAAAGAUGCUUCAGAAAGGAGCAGUGAGAUUUCCAGUGAUUCAGAAAGAGAUCCCACCAAAUUUUGAAAGGCAAAAUAAAGUCAUCGUCAAAGCUAAGGUUCCAGAGCUGGGUAAAAGCUCACUCAUGCCUUCUUCAAAUCCGAUAAUAUCUCCUAGAGUCAGUAACAUAACUGUAUUUAACAACGUGAUUGAUCCCCAAUUCAGAAGUAUUGAACAGUACAACAAAUUGAAUGUAAAUAAAAGGAAGAUUAUGACCCAAAUUUAUUAUGACUAAGUCCAGAUUCAAUCUUAC